AAUCAGCGCGAGGCGGUUCGGUAACUGUGGGUCGGAGCGCAACGCGGGGGAGUGGAGGGUCUCCGCGGCCUGUGUUGCGCGAGCGAGCGCCGGCGGCAUGGCGGGGCGGCGUGGCCGUGUGCGUGCCGCCGCACGGGGACACGUCACACCGUCAGACCGCGGCGUAGAGGAAGACGGAGGGGGUGGGGGAAGGCGCACGUAAAAACGUACACGCGCGGCGGCACGCCACGUACACGCCACGCGACGUAAACCUUCACGCACGCACGCACGCACGUACGCGCGCGCGCCCGAUCGAUCCCACGUUCGGUCGGGGCUUUUGAUCCCGCAGCCGGUUCUCCAACACGGUUCCGUUCCGUCCCUUUUACCCGUCUCCGAAAAUGGCGCAUUUUAGCUUAGCAUGCUAACUUGCAAAACACACAAACACACUGAGCUAACAACCAGGCUCAGUCUUGCUAACGUGAAACCGAAAUGACUAGCUAGCAUGACUAAAUGACGGCCCAAACACACACACACACACACACACACACACACACACACACACACACACAAAUAAAUAUCUAACACCCUGAAACAUUAUUGGGAUGAAAGUGAAAUGUAGAUGGAAACACAUUCAUUGUGUAACCAAGUCAUUAUUUUACAGAAUAAUUCAAUAAAAAUCCCAUUCACACACAUUUUCAGCGCGUGUGAUCCCCCUGGAUCCAUUUGAGAUCACCUUCACACACCUGGCCAGGAAAUCCACUUCUCAGAAUGUUCUUGAGAUAUAGAAGAAAACCUUAGAGCCCAGAGGAAACCUGUUAAAUCCGGCGUAGCCUGUCUUGUCGAAAAUUUGACCGACGUGAAGGACAUGGCGGAGACGGAGGUGACCGUGUCCAUGGGAGACGUGGUGGUAAUGAAGGCGGCUGAUGAAGAAGAGGUGGCAGCAGGAGAUUCCAGCAAGGCGCAGGUCAUCCUUCAGCUGCAGCCCAUCACAUCCGGGACUGAAGAUCAUCCAGGUGAUGCAGCUACAACAGGAAAUGAAGUUUUGACAGCAGGAGAGGACGUAGAGUUGGGAUACCCCAUCACAUGUGGCGAGAGCAAAGCUGUUCUUCUGUUCAAGAAAUUUGUCUGCCCAGGAAUUAAUGUCAAAUGUGUCAAGUACGAGGAUGAGUUGAUCAGCCCUAAACAGUUUGUCCAUAUGUCUGGAAAAGCUACCCUUAAGGACUGGAAACGGGCCAUCCGAAUGGGUGGGGUCAUGCUCAGGAAAAUGAUGGACUCGGGUCAGUUAGAUUUCUAUCAGCACAGCACGCUCUGUUCUAACACCUGCCGCAGUACCAAAUUCGAUCUCCUGAUCAACAACACGCGCUUCCCUCCUGACGGCAGUGUCCUCGGAGUUCCGUCAUCGUCCCAGGGGCAGGUUUCUGUGAGUAAUGGUGCAGAAGUUGUCAUGAUAGAAGAGAAGCCAGAAGAGGCGACAAGCUCUUUGGACUGGUGUGCUGCAAGUGUUGAGGCUACGAAGAAGAAGGAAGUGGCAGAGAUAUCAGAGGAGACACUAAGCUUCUGGAAGGGCAUCGCAGACGUUGGUCUCAUGGGAGAAGUGGUCAGUAACAUCCGUACUAAACUGCUGGAAAUGCUGCGAGGGGUACAGCUUUGCUCGGACCAGACCAGUCUACAAGAUGUUGAAGUGGCAGUUCUGAGCAACCUCACGCAAGUGUUUGGCCUGCUGGACUCCAUCAAGCGAAUCCUUGUCGUUCGGAGACAAAUGACCGACUUGGGACAGAAGCAGGUCCUCAGAACACUCACCAGUCUGGAACAGCAGCUGGAGGAGCAGAAGAAGCAGCAAGCUCAGCGCUGGAUAGUCUCACCUUCAUCCUCGACUCCUCCACCAAAGCGCGCUCCGAAACGUCCUCGUUUACAUCGUCCGGCCUCCGCCACAGUUCUCCAGCCAAUCACACUCCACUCACCCCAGUACACACUCAUCUCCCCCAUCACACUGUCCUCUGUGUGCCAACCCAUCACCUUUCCCGGCCUGGCGCAGCCGCCCGGCGCCGUCACUCUCUACACUCACGUUCCGCAGCACGACGGCAAGGCGGAGACCUUAACGCUCGUGGGCACGAUGGCGGCGCAGGAGCCGGCUCAACUGGGCACCGUGGAGCUCGGUGCCAUGGGAACGGUGGAACUCGGAGCAGCAGGUGCGAUGGAAAUGACGGACACAGUGUUGGUGCAGGAUCACGAGAGCCAAGCGAUCGAGAUCGACCUGCAGAUGGGAGCAGAGGCAGAGGGAGCAGGCAGGGAAGAGGACGAGACGAGAAGUAUGUUGGGAGGAGGGGAGGAUGGAAGUGAAAUGGUGGUGGGAGAUGGAGAGAAAGUCGAAAUGGAGGAGUUGCAUUUGGACACCAACGGCCAGAUUCACAACCUGCAGAUUUUAGUGGUAGAAGAUGGGGAGCAAGUGCAGGUUGAAGGCAAAACUGAUUGAUUUAUGGACGAAAGAACAAACACACACACACACACACACACACACACACACACACACACACACUCAAACUGAGACAUUUGCACUUGCAUUUUUUUGUACUACUUUCCUAAAAGAGGUCAGCAUGACCAGGUUGUGUAACUGCUUUAUUUUGUAUAAGCAACUUCAGUAUUCCUUUAUUAACUUUUAGAGAAGGCAUGUGCAUUUUGAUAUGCUUUUGUAGAAAUGAGUGCAGUAUUUUUAUUUUUAUUUUAUUCUAUAGGUCAUUGAUUCCUUUGAGCACUUUCUUUAAACUGGUGCCAAAAUAUUAGGAAUUUCCAUCAACUACUACAUUCAACUGUUACUUAAGCCAAGAAAACAUGAAACAAUACUUUAUAUACUGGUUUAUUUUGGUUUAGCCAACAACCGAUUCUGAUCCGAAUGUACAGCUGGGUGGUUUGGCUGAAAAGAAUUGUAUGAAAUUUUCAGUAAUUAUAACAAUAAUAACAGUCAUAAUAUUAAUACUAACCACCCAAAAUGCCUGGAGAAAUUGUACCUAAAAUCCAUAAAAUAAAUGAUAUAAAUGAUAAUAUAAUUGUAGUUGAAAGUAAAUGGUAAAAGAUUAAAACUUGAAUAUCUUUGCUAUUUUACAAAUGAUUUUAUUUAAGUUUAACAGUACAGAACAUUUGUGGAACAAUUGUAGGAAGACUUCGGGGCGUGUCGUUCUUUAUUUUUUAUUUUUUUGCCCUGAAACAGUAAAACAUUUCAGACACCA